AUGAUGGCAGGAAAUGGGCAGCUUUUUGUUCCUCCGGGCUUUCGAUUCCAUCCAACGGAUGAGGAGCUACUGUAUUACUAUCUGCGCAAGAAGGUUUCACAUGAAACCAUCGAUGAUGGCCUUGAUGUUAUAAGGGAAGUGGAUCUCAACAAACUCGAGCCUUGGGACCUAAAAGACCGUUGUAGAAUUGGAUCAGGUCCUCAGAACGAGUGGUACUUUUUCAGUCACAAAGACAAGAAAUAUCCAACCGGAACUCGAACAAAUCGAGCCACCACGGCUGGUUUCUGGAAGGCAACAGGGAGAGACAAGGCCAUCCACCUUAGUGAUUCCAAGAAAAUUGGGAUGAGGAAAACCCUAGUGUUCUACACUGGACGUGCCCCUCAUGGCCAAAAAACAGACUGGAUCAUGCAUGAGUAUCGUCUCGAAGAUGAAUAUGCCGAUCAGCAGGAAGAGGGGUGGGUGGUCUGCAGGGUAUUCAAGAAGAAGAACUAUAUCAGUAAUAAAGAUUUCCAAUACCAAUCAGAAACAUUUCCUCAACAGCAUCAACAACACUUUGCUUCCAAGGCUAGUGGAUCAGCUCCAAUUUUGGAGCCAACUAAACUGAAUUUGCAGGCACUAUACAAUGACUACUACUCUAGCAUCUUUGAUGGCUUCAAGCAUCUCCCACAAUUGUCUAGUCCUGAUCAGACAUCAACUGUAAUUACUCCGUCGUCGUUUCUAUCACCUUUUCCCUUCAACAAUGUGGACAUGGAGUGCUCUCAAAACUUGCUGAGGCUGACAUCUGAAGGUGGCUGCAAUGGCCUCAUCCCACAGGCCGAGCGGUUUACCGGGACCGACUGCUCAUUCUUGGACAAGCUUCUUGCUUCCCAUCAAAGCCUGCAGGAUCAUCAAACCAAAUGCCAACUAGCUUCAUCCCAAGAUGUUCAUCAUCAUGUGGGGUCUUCAGCUCAAAGAUUUCCAUUUCACUAUGUUGGCAAUGAAACAGACAACUUCAAGUUCUACAAAUAG